GAAUCACUUAGAAACACUUGAAAAAUCAAUACCUAAAUCUCACUUGUCCUGGCCAACAAACUAAGUUAUAGAGCUCCACUCGCAUCAUGCCAUCAUUAUUUCUUUCCAUUCUCUCUCUCUCUCUCUCUGUCUCUCUCUCAUAUACUGAACAAAGUUUCUCUCUCAUCCCAUGGCAUGCAUUACACCCACGAAAUUACAGCUAAAUUCAUCCAAUAUCCCACGCCAGCCCACUUUCCAUUUGGGCUCGAUCAGUAAUGGAAACUUUCAUUCUUCUUUUAUACCAAAAGUCCAAAAGAAAUUGCUGAAAUUUCCCUUAGCCGGUGGGAGGAACUCAGGAAACCGAGAGCAUUGGUUUGUGGAGAAUGAGAAGAAGAGAAGAGGUGGCGGUGGUGGUGUUAGGUGCACGGCUGAGGGGAUAGAUUCGGGGUUGUUUGUGGCGAGGAGAGACGGCGGAGUCAUGGCGGAGGAGAGGUUUAAGGUGGUGGCGCUAGUGGCGGCUGUCAUGUGUUUGUGUAAUGCAGACAGAGUUGUGAUGUCGGUUGCCGUAGUUCCUCUUGCUGCCAAACAUGGCUGGAGCAGUUCUUUCUUGGGCAUUGUCCAGUCAUCCUUUCUAUGGGGAUAUAUGUGUUCCUCAGUUAUUGGGGGAGCCCUGGUGGAUAAAUAUGGAGGAAAAAGAGUUAUUGCUUGGGGUGCAGCUUUGUGGUCUCUGGCUACUCUCCUCACUCCAUGGGCCGCAAAUCACUCCACUGCUUCCCUCUUGGCUGUUCGUGCUUUCUUUGGGCUCGCUGAAGGGGUUGCUCUACCCUCAAUGAAUAACCUUUUAUCAAGAUGGUUUCCGACCAAUGAACGAGCUACUGCUGUUGGAAUAUCCAUGGGAGGUUUCCAGCUGGGAAACGUUGUGGGAUUGGUCUUAACUCCCCUGGCAAUGUCAUCAAUCGGAAUCUCUGGCCCUUUCAUUCUGUUUACAUCUCUUGGAUUUCUCUGGCUAAUGACAUGGAUUAAUAGGGUCGCAAAUGAUCCACAAGAGAGCAAUUCUAUCAGUAAAGCAGAGUUGCGAUUAAUUCAAGCUGGGAAAUCUGACUCUCAUGUGAUCAAGAGCAAGCUUCCAUCCCUGGCACUCCUUUUCUCAAAACUGCCAACCUGGGCAAUAGUGUUUGCUAAUAUCACUAAUAAUUGGGGCUACUUUGUUCUUCUAUCAUGGAUGCCGGUUUAUUUUAAAACUGUGUUUGGUGUAAACUUGAAGCAAGCAGCUUGGUUUAGUGCAGUUCCCUGGGGAACAAUGGCAAUCUCGGGCUACGCUGCUGGGGCAGCAUCAGAUUACUUAAUCAAAACAGGUUAUUCAACAACAUCAGCCAGGAAAAUCAUGCAGUCAAUUGGUUUUAUUGGGCCCGGGAUUGCAUUGCUCUUCUUGAACUAUGCAAAGACUCCAUCCAUUGCUGCCGUAUUUAUAACCAUGGCCCUGAGUCUGAGCUCUUUCAGUCAAGCUGGCUUUUUACUGAAUAUGCAAGACAUUGCACCACAAUAUGCAGGAUUUCUUCAUGGGAUCUCAAAUUCAGCUGGAACGCUGGCAGCAAUAAUCAGUACGAUUGGAACAGGAUUCUUUGUACAGUGGCUAGGAUCCUUCCAAGCAUUCUUAACUCUAACUGCUUGUCUAUAUUUUGCCACAACUAUCUUUUGGAAUCUGUAUGCUACUGGAGAAAGAGUCUUUUAGAUGGUAGAACCAUAUCUCAUACAAUUGAGUAAGUGGAAAAGAGAAGACAGAGUCAGAUAAAUUAGCAAGAUUACAUUCUUGGACAACAAACGAAUCUUGUCCCAAUGCAUUUGCUCAGGUUUACACUAAAUACUAUAAAUAUGGUCCCAUUAUUCACA